GCGUGACCUUGCAAUUCAAAGAAAGCAUUCAAAAUUAUCCAUCGCGCGGUCGUUGGCAAAGGGCCACCGGAACCGUCAAGGGUCGCGAGUGCGAGGUGCGAGUGUGUUGCAACACACUAGGCAAUGCUGAGCUGCUAGCUGCAUGAUCCUGCUUCCUGCUUCCUGCUUCCUGCUUCCUGUUCACCUACCGUGAUUACAAUGACAUGCUUAAAUUGACCUUAUAAGCGCGCGAUCCGCUCCAAAAGGCAUGCCCAGCGCGCAAUCUCGAGCUCUCGGUGUCCUGAAAAGAUUGCGACGCCGACGGAUUUUUGAUUUGAAUUAAUGGCGAGGGCUAGAGAGCGAUGGCUUCCUUAUUCACGAUUGUAAUUGCACCUGCUGCGUUCGUGACUUGUCGUUUCUGCUGUGAUGCAAUUAGGUACGUAGUUGGCAUACUGGCUGGGUACAAAGUCAAAUCCUUGGUUGUCUCAGCGGGGCUUUCUGAUGCCUCUGAUUUGAACACGGCACGGGUUCCUGCUGCUUCCACAUCUACCUCCUCACCUCCGUCGGCAUCGUCUCAGUAGUCGGCGAAGGCAAGGGCGAUCCCAAUACUGAAGCUGGAGCGCGUGGCAAGGCUGUGAAUAGAGAAGGG